AUGAACCAAAUGAAAAUUUUGAGCAAGGUCUUUUGUAGAUAUGAAGUCUUGAAUGCAUCCGUUGUGGCGACUAACCGAUUGAAAUUGGUUUUAUUUUAUGAAGGUGUGUGGACGGAUGGCUUGUGGGUGUUUUCCAUCGGUCUUGAUCGGCGCAUCGGAUGUCGGCUUCUUCGGGAUGAUUGUAAAUUAACCGAGCAAGAUCAUCCGAUCAUUAAUGUUCCAAAUCCGAACCACUAUGAAAUUGUCGUGGCUGGAAGAGGAAUGCAAAUGGUUGAGUUCUCUCGCAUCUUAGGCCAUGGGUGGGAGAGAUACGAGUGA